AUGAAGAAGUCCAAGCUAAGUCAGACAACCGUUCGUCGUCGGCCCAGAUCCUCUGGCGAGGAGCUCCCGGAGCGUCCUCCUGCGAAACAGCAGCGCUAUCCGGAUUCUGGAUCUGAGGACGGCCCCGGUGGUGGUGAUUCCUCAGGGGGACAAUUCUCUGAUGGGGUGCCCUCAUCUGUGUUGCCCCGGAGACUGUUCGCAUAUGGUGCGUACCCGACAAAGUUGCGAGUAAACAUCUACUCAAAAUCACACGUCAUCGGUUCUGUUGCUACUGCUCUAAAGGGGACGGAUGCGAUGGACACUUUGAUGGCUUCCCAGUUUCGGGGGCUGUUUCAGCUUCCCGUUGUACGCUGCCAGAACUCUACGAAGCUCAUCGGCUGCCUCCUCAGCCGACAGCUCGUUACGGCUCGCAGACACGAGUUCUGGUUCACCUUCGGGCCCGAUCCACUACAUUUCUCGCUGGAUGAAUUCCGAGACGUUACAGGUUUGAACUGCAGAGCUUUCGAUGUUCAGGAUUCGGAAGCAUCUGAAUCUGUUCCUCCGACGAUGUGGAACAAGCUCUUUGAUACGGCUGUCGGUAAGUUAACAGUCCUGAGUGUACUACGAAUGUUGGGAAAUGAAUAUCUAGCUGUGGAGAAACGGCUCCCUUUGGCUCUGAUCGCGUUGGUUGAUGGUGUUCUCUGCCCCAGUAACAAAGAUCUUAAACUAACGCCCAGGUACGUUGAGAUGUUGUCAGACGUUGAGAGCUUUUUAGCGUAUCUGUGGGGCCGAGAGUCGUUCUUGAUGACCGUGCCGCGUUUCCUGCCUCCCCUUGUUGUCGCACCAGGUGAGAACCCACUACAAGUUAUGCGUGAUCGGCUAUCGCAAAAGACAACAGUUUGCUAUGGGUUUCCACUUGCUCUGCAGUUGUUCGUAUUUGAUGUUGUGCCUCUGCUAUUGGAGAAAAUUCCCGACGCAGGGAACACCGCCACUUUCAUUGAUUCCCCCGGAGCUUGCUCUUCGCCGUCCACUAUUCUCACAGUCAACGAAAUAGUUGCUGUCGAGGAAGACCCAAACCUCUCUGUCCACUUCACCGUGAUUCCUGAUGAGGAACGGCUGCUGUUGGUGGACCAUAAUGAAGAUAGGCAAGUUACUUCUUUGGUGCAGAAGUUGCUUUGUGGGGAAACAUUCAAACCUGAGGACUUUCCAGGUGGUGACCAGUCAUUUUCCCCCAAGUUUAAGGUUCCAGACUGUCACGGCCCGUUUUAA